AUGGUCAGUUACAGCAGCUACCAGUUCUUUCAAGACUGGCGCUACGCCAUCGCCAAGGACUUUGUCACUAAGUCCGGCGAUAGCUACCCCUACGCCCACAACGGGCACAAGUCUUGGGGCCAGGAGGAUGUGAAGCUGCCCCCAAUCUACGCAGGGACACACGAUAUCCACGUUCUCGAGACAAGCACAUGGACGGUGGUCAGCGUGCUCAGAGCACACUCCUCGGAGAUUGAGAGCCUCGCGCUCCAGCCAGGGACGAAAGGCAGCGUCCUGGUGUCUAGCGACAAUGGACGGCGCGAUGGCAGUGGUAGCGGCAAGCCGACAAUCAUUAUCUGGGACGUCGCUCGGGAUGGUGAACCUCCGUCUGACACUCCUCUCGGUUCCAGCAAGAUAGAGCUCACGGACAACGCUAUCUCGUCAAUCGUAGGGAACACUGCCACGAGCGUGGCGGCACAGCUCUCCGAGGCCAUGGGCAUCGCCCUCAACGAAGAACAGAUUCUUGAGCUACAAAAGUCAUUCACAUCUCCGAUCCAAAAAGUUGUGGAAGAGCACAGCAUUGCUACAAAGAGAACCGUUCACGGCCGCAUGCGACACAGUACCAAGUCGGGGACGUUCAGCCCUUCGGGGGGAUACAUGGUGUACUACCCAGGCGACAGACCGCGAUCAAACGACAGCGCGCCGUGGGACAUGAAGAUAUGUUCGCUCAGACAGGGGUCGGCGGGGGUCGAGGUUCAGGACCAUGCCACGCUAAGAGGUCACACUGAUUGUAUAUUGUGGACGGGAUGGAGCCCCGACGAGAAGUUCUUCGCGAGCGUGGCGUGGGACAAGACGAUCCGGGUCUGGGACGCUGCCACAGGAGAGCUGAAGCAAAAGUUCGACACGGACGGGCAGAACUGGACAGGUGCUUGGUCGCCAGACUCGCGACACCUGGCCGCGACCUGCGGGACGGGUGCGUUGUUCGUAUAUGACGUCUCGGACGGGUCGACGGUGUGGGAGCAGCACAGCGAGAAAGAAGGGAGAAGAAUGGGAUGGAGACGCGCUCUGGCCUGGCAUCCGGAGGGAAAGCUCUUGGCCGUCGGUGCGCAAGAGCUCGGGCGGGUUGUCGUGCUUGAUACUGAGAAGAGAGAGCCUGUGUCAGAGCGCCAGCUGUCCGUGGAGCAGUCGAGGACGGACAAUGAAGAUGCUAGGGCGUUCCUAGGAGGGUGGAUCGAAGUGAGGCAGCUCAGCUUUGUUGAUGGCGGGAGAAAGCUUGUUGUCUUUACUGGGGCAGACGAUAGCAUCGAGGUUUAUGACAGUGAGGAGGAGCAGAAAUGGAGGUUCAGUAGAGGCGGAACCGACGACAACGUGGAAGGACAUGAGCAGUGGAGAGACGAGGAGGGCAAGGUGACAACGAGCGCCGGAUCAGGGAUGUUAGUAUGGGAGGACAAGACCAAUGGGCUGCUGAGGUUGGCUAGUCUUGACUGUGACGGACCAAGGCUGUGGUCUGUCCCAUUGACUGGAGUGUAA